AUGGUGGUGGUGUCGGUGGCGGGGGGCGUGCGCUUGCACCUCUCCAGCAAAAGCCUUACCGGAUACAAGGGCGUGCACAAGGUGGCCUCUGGCCGCUUCAGGGCUGGUUAUACCUGCGCACCGCCGGACCGGCCGAGAGGUGGUGGUGGCAAAGUCGGCUUAGGCAACUUCGACACGGCGGUCGAUGCGGCGGUGGCGUACGCGCUGGCGGUCGGGGAGUACACGCCUCCACCUCCGCCACCAGCAGCAGCCGAGCCAGCGGAGGCGCCAGCAGCGGCAGAGCCAACCACGCAGGCUCCGGUGACGCAGGCCCCGGUGGCUGCAGAAGCGGAGGGCGUGCGUUUGCACCUCUCGAGCAGCAACAGCACCGGCUACAAGGGCGUGUACAAGGACGGCUCGCGCUUCAAGGCGCAGCACAGGCGCGGGGGGGUGGACGGAAGGAGUGUCUCCCUCGGCUACUAUGACACGGCGGUGGAGGCGGCGGUGGCGUACGCGCGAUCAGACUCCACAGGAACGGACUACC